AUGGCGUUGGCUAAGGGAAAAGAGAUCGUUUCAUCAAACCCGACUGUGGUCUUCGGGUACUCUUUCCUCUUUCCUUCUCUGGGUGAUGGAAGUGAUAUCCAGUCCGCAGGACAGAAGACUGUCCCCAAUGUGUUCAUUGGUGGAAAUCACAUUGGAGGCUGCGAUGCAACUAUGGCAAAGCACCAGGAGGGGAAGCUUGUGCCCUUGCUUACUGAAGCUGGUUCUCUUGCUGAACCUGCUACUGCUUGA